AUGGAAAAUAUUGAACUGAAUGACUUUGGACAACGUGACGAUAAUUACGAGUGGGAUAAUUGGGAGGAGACUAAUGUUGACUCGUACGAAACAAGAUUGGAAGAUUUGGAUAGACGAUACGAUGAAGUAUGGAUGACGGAUUUUAAGAGAAACAAUGAGAGUGAUACAUCUAAAAAAAGAAAAAUAGAAACUAAUUCACUACUUACGACCAGAUCGUCUGUCAACUUGAAAGCAGGAUAUAUGAAAAAACUUUUCACGGAGGAUUAUAAAUUAAAUCCGAACGACGGACCGGAUUCCAAAGAUUUAUUUUCGCGAUUGGAUGUUGCCGAUAAAUGCUGGUUGACGUAUGAUGAUGUCAAAGUCGCCUACAUCGAUAGGAGUGGAAAUUAUAAAUUUUCGGGGGAUAAAACAAGCGUACAGGGAUUAAAAGAUUUUAGGACCGCCUUUGAAAAAGCGACGGAAGAACACAAAAAGACGAUCGUCAGUCUUGUGGAAGAAGAAGUUCCGAACGGUGAGAACAUCGAUCCUAUUUCCGAGGAUGUUCGCGAUGAAAUACAUCGGGAAAAUAUCGACGACGACAUUGAAUUUAGCGAGCGGGUACUAAAAUUACAUCGUGACGGAAAACUUACCGAUCAAGAAGCUAGGGAAUUAGUAGGAAUUACAAGACCCAAAGAAGAACCCGAAGAAAGAAUAAAAUAUUUAAAAAUAGAACGUGAAAGACUCAAAAAAAAUUUACAGACCGAAUCCGAUCCCGAACUAAAAGAGAUUUUACAAGACGGAUUAACGAUCGUCGAACAAAAUAUCGACGAUGCAAGAUUACAAAUGUAUCAAAAACCCGAAUCCGAAGAAGGAAUUCACCGCGCACGUGAAAAAGUACGCGACGACGUACGAACAAGAUUUGAAAAAUUUUGUCUGCCAUUGCCAUCUCCGUGGCGGGAAUUAUCACGACGGUGGUUGUCGCCGGGAAAAAGACGUUGGUUGGAACCGCGAAGGGAUUGGGAGAAGUGGGAAAAGCGUUGGCGAAAUUCGCGAAAGCUGCCUUACCGAUCCUCAUUCCCAUCCUGA